AUGAUGCAGUCCAUCGAUGCUGAGCGCCAGCUUGUCCGGGAGGUCGAGCUCAAGUCCAUGCAGCGCAAGAAAUACCUCAUCGCCACCAUCAUACUGGCGCUGUUGUCGGCGGGCCUCCUGGCGGGCCUCAUCGUGCUGUCUGUCGUCCACCUACGCCACCUGGAGCAGUGCAACACCAAUGCAUGGUCGCCGAGUAACCUGCCCAACACCUCCUCCGGUUCCAUCGGACCAAUUGGCCCCAUCGUCCCUGAGGCUCCUCCACUGGCGCCCGGCCAUUCAAAGCGCCGCUUUGUGAUCGCGACGGUUCCGAAUGGAAACGCGGCCCCUCUUGCUACCGGCGCUUUUAUCAGCGGCAAGGACAGCCCAUGA